AUGGUCUCAGGGACUAAUAUGAGACCGAUCAGUCCCUUCGUCCGUGAGCCACCGUCAGACUUUGACCACCCUGUUGAUGAGCCUGAGAUUGUGGAGGAUGGUGGAAACAAAGGCAAGAGUCCUGUGUUAGAAGAGAUUCAGAGUUCAUCUUCAGAUGAUGGAUAUGAGAGCACGGAGGAUGAGCCAUAUAAACCGCCACCACCCGGAUAUGAAAGUGACAGUGAUGAUGGUGAUAAUAGUGCUGAGGACAGAGCACGCAAGAGGAAGAGAGUAAGUAAGGGAAAGGAAAAAAUUGUGUCUCCAAGAAAGCCAUCUGCAAAGAAGUCAUGUGCCAAGAAGCCAGGUGCAAAGAAGACAGGUGUGAAUAGGAAUAGGAAAAGUUGGUCAAAGAAGGGACAAAGCAGUGGAAUGGGGACAUCUGAGGUGAAUAGAAGGCAGCAGGCCAGUAGUGAGCCCAAUAGGCAGGAGCAGGCCAAUUCUGGGCCCAAUGAUCAACAGCCCAACAGAGGUCCAACUGUAAGGUUCUAUGUCAGUGCAGUCCCAGAGGAUGAUGAUGAUGACCCCAUAUAUGAUUACCAUUCUGAGGAUUUACACACUCCUAACUCCACUGAUGAUGAGUCCAGCAAGCACACAUUUCCUGAAUUUGAUGAUCAUUAUGCUUUUGGAGAGGGCAGAUUUGAGUUAGGGACAAGGUUUGCAACCAUAGAGAGAUUUAAAGAAGUUGUGAAAGACUCUUUCAUUUCUGAGGGUAGAGAGCUUAGGUGGAUUAAAAAUGAUAGGGAGAGAGUUAGGGUGGGAUGCAUGGAUGAUGACUGCCCGUGGUUAGUUCAUUUAUCAUACAAUAAAUCACUGCAAUGCUACCAGGUGAAGACUUACAAAAACGAUCACACUUGUGCAAGGGACCUAGGAAGUAACGCUGUUGAUCAACAUUGGAUUAGUAAGAAGGUGGAGAAGAGAAUGAGUUCACAGCCUCACAUGAGAACAAAUGAAGCAAUUGACUUUCUGAGAGAGGAGUUCUCACUCACUGCACAUCCAAAAAUGGUCUAUAGAGCAGUUAAGGAAGCAAGGGAGAAGAUAAUGGGCAAUGAGAGGGAGCAGUACAAUAAUGUGAGGGAUUACUUGUUUGAAAUUCUAAGAAGCAACCCUGGCUCCAGGGCAGAGGUGUGUGUAACUCCAAUUCCUCAAGCCCCUCCACUGUUUGAUAAGCUGUAUAUAGGGUUAGAGGCAUGCAAGCAGGGGUUCAAGAGUGGAUGUAGGCCUCUAAUCCACCUUGAUGGUUGCUUCCUGAAAACAUACUAUGGUGGACAACUCCUAACUGCAGUGGCACAGGAUGCGAAUAAUCAAUUUUAUGUUGUUGCUUACGGAGUUGCAAGGUCUGAAACCAAAGAGUCUUGA